AUGAGCGAGCAGAAGUUAGAAGCAGAAACUAUCGUGUGAAUUAUUUGUUAUGCACUUUAUGUAGUUGAGGACUAGUUUGAGUUUGCUUCGUGCACUCCUGAACUAUUCCUGAAGGGUUUUUGCCUCUAUGGUUGGUUUUUAAUAUACCCUAAAAUGGAUGUUUUUGAAAAAACAAUUUUUUUUAUGUACUUCAAUUGAAAAUACCAGUCAUACUGUGGUAUGAUUGAAUUCCAUCUCCUUCAUAUUCACUACAAUUGUCACAUUGACAACUCUUCAAAUUAUUUUAUCAAGAAGAUAUUUUAAAAAUGGUCAUUAAGCUGCGAACACUUGAGCCUGCGGGCACUGCAGAAGUUCUACGUGCUGCUCAACGUGAUGAGCUUAUGGUGGAACGAAUACAUCAAGAAACAUCAGAUCUACUUUUAAAAGCUGCAGGAAAUCGAGUGUGGAUGAAAUAUCAUGGUUCUCUUCCAAUUUUGUCAAAAAUACUGUAUGCUGCAGUUACUACUCUUGCGGACAUUCAAACUCUCGGGGAGGAAUAUACCGGUAUAAUUCAAAUUAACAGUACCCUCAGGCAACUUCCAAGCAAGAAGAGGAGACUUUUGGCGCUGCUCUUAGAAUGUUUUGGAGGGAUAGUCUGCGAGCGAUUGAUUGCAGCUUUCAAGCGUCAACUCCUCAUUCCAUCUGACUUGACUGUUGAAGCUCGGGCCUCGCUUCUUGAAGGUCUUGGUGCAUUGAAAAGCACACUAGUAUUUUUAACUCGUCUACACAAAGGCGUGUUUUAUUGGGGAGGUGAAUACUUUCAACUCUCAAAACGCCUUGCAGGAAUUAGAUAUGUACUGGUCAGAAGGUGGUUAAAAGACCAUUCAACUCGUCAGGGCUUUCAGCUUUUGAGCACUGUAACGAUGUUCCAACUCUUUAUAUAUACCGCUAUUUCAAGUUUUAGAUGGGCUCAGACAAUACCAGCAACCUUUCCAAGACUGAAGAAGUCUUUGGCCGUUUCCAAUAGUUCCCUGGAGGAAGAUGAACCCAAUCAGUCAAGCAGUGGAGCAGGAGCUGCUUAUUAUCGCUGCUCUCUCUGCUUAGAACCCCGUACGCAAGAUACAGCAGCACCUUGUGGACAUGUUUUCUGCUGGAGCUGCAUUACUGAAUGGCUGCAAACUCGUGCUCAGUGUCCUUUAUGUAGAGAUUUUGUGGAAGUGUCUAGAUUAAUACCAAUCCAAAAUAUUGCCAGGAUUCCAAGGAAUUAGUUCUACUGUAAAAUGAAACCUUUGAACACUCUUUAUAGAAUGAGUGUUUAUCAAUUAUUGAUGCUCUAUGAAAAUUUGAAAUGUACAUAGUUGAGCAGACAAAAGUAAAAGAGAAUCUUCUUGUUGAUUCACACAAACUUUAAUCUCACAGAAAUAUAAAGACGAUGGUACUUAGAAACAAGAUGCUUAUUACUAAAAAUUAAUCACAAUCAGAGAAAAUUAUAAUGAAACAUGAAUUAAAAUGUAUGAAACAAAAAACUCAGUCAACAGAAACAGAA